UGCUCGACACGCGACGCGAAUUCGCGUUACGCAGAAACGCUGCACCGGAAAGAGGAAUAAAGAAGAAGAAGAAGAAGACGAAGACGAAGACGAAGACGAAGAAGAAAAGGCAGAAGCAGCAGCACUGACAGACGCUAGACGCAUUUUGAAAAGGAGAGACGCAGAGAGAGAGAGAGGGAUCGCGGAUCGCCGAUCGAAUCCGCCGACGCCGGUUGACUCGCGAGCCCAUGGCCUCGUCGCUGGCGUUCCAGAGCGACCGGCCCCGCGCGUCAUCCCUGCCGCCGCCGUCCUCCUCCUCCUCCUUGGGAGGCGACGAUCCGGCCACCCCGUUGGGCGCCGGAGCCUCGGUCUCCGGCCGGGGCGCGGGUGGUUACGGCAGCCCCGGCAGCGCUCGCCGGCGCGCCGCCGUGAAGGCCGGUAGUCGUCGGUUCGGCAGGGAGCAGUCCUUGGGCCGGGAUAUUGGGCACGCCGCGGCGGAGACGUACUUGAUCACGCGGCUCACCUUCACGCUCCUGCGGUACCUCGGGGUAGGCUAUCGGUGGAUUACAAAGUUACUUGCCCUUGGGCUUUAUGCAAUGCUACUUAUGCCCGGUUUUCUUCAAGUGGCAUACUAUUAUUAUUUCUCAAGUCAAGUCCGGCGUAGCAUUGUCUAUGGAGACCAACCAAGAAACAGGUUGGAUCUACAUCUGCCAAAGAAUAUGGAUGGGCCAAAGCCUGUGGUGGCAUUUGUAACGGGUGGAGCAUGGAUCAUUGGAUAUAAAGCAUGGGGUGCUCUUCUGGGUAAACAACUGGCGGAAAGGGAUAUUAUUGUGGCUUGCAUAGAUUACAGAAAUUUUCCCCAGGGGACUAUAAGUGAUAUGGUCGAUGAUGCAUCAGAGGGAAUCUCAUUUGUUUGUAAUAUUAUAGCGGAAUAUGGAGGUGAUCCUGAUAGGAUUUACCUAAUGGGACAGUCGGCUGGUGCACAUGUUGCCGCCUGUGCUCUCGUGGACCAGGCAAUCAAAGAAUCCAGAGGAGAGAGCAUUUCCUGGAGUUUGUCCCAGAUAAAAGCAUAUUUUGGUUUAUCUGGAGGGUACAAUUUGUUCAGUUUAGUUGAUCACUUUCACAAUCGAGGCCUAUAUCGUUCCAUUUUCCUGAGCAUAAUGGAGGGUGAGAAAUCAUUUAAACGAUUUUCGCCCGAGGUUAGGGUGCAGGACCCAAGCAUUAGAAAUGCUGCUUCUCUGCUGCCUCCGAUUCUUCUUUUCCAUGGAACUGGUGAUUACUCCAUACCAUCAGAUGCGAGCAAAAAUUUCGCCGCCGCCCUCCAAAGUUUAGGUGCUAAAGCAGAAGUAGUGCUGUUUGAUGGGAAAACACACACAGAUUUGUUUCUCCAAGAUCCCUUGAGGGGUGGCGAAGAUGAGCUAUUCGAUCAUCUAGUUGCUUUCAUACACGCGGACGACCCAGAAGCACAGGCUCAAGAUGCGAUGGCACCUCCGAGGAGACGCCUUGUUCCGGAGUUAUUGUUGUGGUUGGCUCAUAGGAUAAGUCCCUUCUAGGCAUUGUAUCAAUUCUUUCUCCUCAAAAUCAAGUGAUGCCCCUGGAUUCUUUACCUGGAUGAUCUAACAUCUUCAUCUGUAAUUCUGAGCCUUUUCCUUCUCAUUUAUUCAAUACAAGUCAAUUAUUCAUACUGUU